AUGGAGAGUCUAUUUCAACGUCAAGAGAUACUCUCAGAAACAAUUAAUAAAAUUGGUGUAAACUUCAACAAGGACGCAGCUGCCCGUAAAACCACCGAUUACAUCAAAAAACGUGUGGAUACACUUGACGAGCUGUGGAACGAAUUUGAAAACAACCACAGCAGACUUCUUUACUACGACAUCAAAACAACAAUGUAUGUCAACACCAACAUGUACGAAAAAGUGAAGUCUAAAUAUGAGUCCAUCCGCAACACUCUUUUAACUUAUCAAGCCCCUCCUGACGGAAGGGAGGCAAGGGGAACUCCAUCAAAGUCCGACGAAUUGAUCAUGCAACAAGCUACCAACUUCAGAGCCCUAUCUCGGUUAAUUCGCAAUAUUGACAUUGAAACCAUUAACGAGAAGUGGGAGGUUGAAGACAAGUUGCAGAUGCUUCAGGCCAGGUGGAAAAUAAUAGAUGAAACACAUUGGCAGAUCGACAAUCUGCUUACUGAUUGUAACUUGGACUACGAGCAAGAUUUCACUGAUAACGAAAAUCGGUACGAGUCUGUUAAACGUCAAUUACAUCGCAAAUUGAACGCCACCACAUCCCAGAAUCAAUCUCUACCAAAAAUCGAGAUCCCUAUCUUCUCGGGUAACUAUGCGCAGUGGCCAACCUUCCUAGAUUUAUACAGAGAAACGAUUCACAACAACAUGUCACUCUCUAAAGCCCAGAAGAUGCAACAUCUUAAAGGGAGGCUCCGAGGUGAAGCGGAAAGGAUUGUCCAACAUCUUACGGUAUCGGCAGAAAACUACGAUGCGUGCUGGGACAUAUUAACACAUAGAUACGACAACAAACAGCUUCUAUUUACACGGCUAAUGCAAACGUUCAUGAAUCAACCCUCUAUCCAACACCAAAGUGCGUAUGAACUAAAACGGUUACACGAUACCACUCUUGAGACGACUCACGCAAUUAAUAACCUAGGGGUGGAUACAGCAACGUGGGCUCCUAUCUUAGUUCAUAUCCUAACAGGAAAGCUGGACGCCGACACCUAUACGUCUUAUAUGGAAACAAGAAAGGCCCCACGAGAGCUACCAACAUUCGCCGAGUUUAUACAGUUCCUGGAAAGCAAGUUUACUGCCUUGGAACCCGUAACCAGGAAAAAACAGCAACCCAACGUCUCUACAGCGCCAAAACCUUAUAAUCCGCCAGAAAGAAAUCCACCUGCUAGAGACUAUUCGACGCCAUCACUAAGGGCAGUACAAAACAAACAGACACGUGCUCACCCACGAACGUACCACGUGAGCGCCGAACGAUCGUGUCCCUUAUGUAAAACAAACCACGUGUUAAUGAACUGCAAACUAUUUUCUGACAUGGCACCUGAUGCUAAAUUGAAAACAAUUUCACAAUUAAAUAUAUGUGAAAAUUGUCUAUAUUGCCACGAUAAACAAUGCCAUUCCAAGAAAACGUGCCGUGUCUGCAACUUGCCGCAUCACACCUCGUUACACGACAGUCUUCGCGUUGCUAAGCGAACUCCGCCACCGCCGGAGGGUCAACCACCUUUGCAACCUAAAUUCAAUCACGCCGUGCCUCUACAAACAUCUUCAAACCACGUGGCGGGCAACUAUAAUGAGGUGUUAUUAGCCACCCUACAAAUAAGGGUCAAGGCCAUUAACGGCACUUAUGUCACACUGAGAUGUUUACUCGACCAAGGAUCACAGAUCAAUCUCAUAACCGAGUCUGCAGUACAACGUCUCGGACUCCCUAGACAGCAUGAGAACGCCUCUGUAUUUGGAAUUGGAGCAUCUAACACCCAGAGUAAUGGAACCGUAUCAUUAAACUGCACUUCACUUUAUGGCGACUAUACAUUUACUACCAGCGCAUUAGUUAUGAAAAAGGUUCUAAAUAACUUGCCUAACUGCAGCUUCAAAAAACAACAAUGGCCACACCUACAAGACAUAAACUUGGCGGACCCCGACUACAAUGUUUCUCGACCUGUGGAUGUCCUACUCGACGCGGGUGUAUAUGCAGAAAUAGCUACAGGGUGCAUCUUACGUGGCCCUAGCGAAGCACCCAUAGCACUACAAACCAAGGUGGGAUGGGUCCUUCUCGGCAACAUGAAAACAUAUAAUUGUCAUGCUCUCAUUCAUAACCUAGAAGAAAUAUCACUAUUUUGGGAAUUAGAAGACAUUACUACAAACAAUAAUAAACAAAUGACUUCAGGCGAGGCGUGUUGUGAAACAUUAUACGCGAACUCGACACGCCGCCUCGUAGACGGUCGCUACGUAGUAAAAAUACCUAUGAAACAGAAUUACGAACAAAAAUUAGGUACAUCCAAGCGACAAGCAGUAGCGCAAUUCAGACAACUUGAAAAACGUCUAACGCAAAACGCAGAAUUGUCUGACAGUUACAAGGCGUUCAUAGGUGAAUAUGUGGAGCUCGGUCACAUGAAGCUCAGCACAGAAUCACGAGAGCCAAGCUGCUUCCUGCCACAUCACGGGGUUCUCAAACCCGAAUCUACUACGACCAAAUUGCGUGCCGUAUUCAACGCGUCUUCGAACACAUCGUCAGGGUACAGUUUGAAUCAACUUAUGGAAUGCGGCCCGAACCUACAACAAGAUUUACAAUCAAUGAUUUUACGGUGGCGAUCAUACCAAUACGUUUAUACGGCAGAUAUAGAACAGUUUUACCGCCAAAUCUUGAUUGCUGAAGAAGACCAACAUCUUCAAAAAAUUGUAUGGAGGGACUCUACACUCGAACCAAUACAAGAGUACCAACUGUGUACAGUAACCUAUGGUACUAAGGCCGCACCAUUCCUCGCUAUGCGCACAAUUAAGCAACUGAUUAUGGAUGAGGGCAAGUUCUACCCUCUAGCUGCUGAAAUCCUCGAUCAUCAGUUAUAUGUUGACGAUUUGUUAGCCGGCUGCAACAGCAUAGAAGAAGCACAAAUGGCACAAAGCCAAUUAAUUACAAUGCUAAAAUGCGGAGGAUUUAACAUGCGCAAAUGGGCUAGUAACAAUCUCACUCUAUUGGAAAAUUUGCCCGAGGAACUUAUUAAUCAAAACAUGUUCAAUUUUCAACAGGCCGAGACAAACAAAACACUAGGCAUGACGUGGAAUCCCCAAACGGAUAACUUUACGUUCCGACAUAACUCAGUUACGACUACAAAUGGCGUCACUACGAAACGAACUCUGCUGUCCGAACUCGCCAAACUAUACGACCCGCUUGGAUGGCUAUCUCCUGUUACAACGAAGGCAAAGCUCAUGUUUCAGCAAGCUUGGAAAACGACAUCAGACUGGGACAGCCCUCUUCCAGAAUGCAUACAACAGGAAUGGGAACAAUUCAACAAAGAACUCCCAUCCAUACAAAAUUUUUUUAUACCUCGCUGGAUUGGGAACACUCAACAAAACAUUGAGCUUCAUGGAUUCAGUGAUGCCUCUGAAAAGGCCUAUGGAUGUGUAAUCUACUGCAUAUCUACAGGACCACAUGGAAAAAAGAUCAUACAAAUUGUGGCGGGCAAAACAAAGUUAGCGCCUUUGAAUAAGCGCAUUACACUACCGCGCAUGGAACUAUGCGGCGCAUUGUUACUAGCACACCUCAUGAAAAAGGUCACUGACUCAAUAAAGGCGCAGACAGUCACAAUACACGGGUGGACCGACUCUAUGGUAGUACUAGGAUGGCUACAAGGUGAACCCUACCGAUGGAAAACAUUUGUGGCAAACAGGGUGACACAAAUAACGGAAGUCAUGCCCCCAAAUUGCUGGAGACACGUAAAAUCAGAGGAUAAUCCUGCUGAUUGUGCGAGCCGUGGUUUGUCUCCAUGUCAACUCCUGUCGCACUCUCUCUGGCGGGAGGGCCCUUCAUGGCUGAAAAGUAAUGACCUGCCUCCUGAAAACAUAUUCGAAACGCGCGAAGAAGAGCGAAAGCAACCUCAAGUGUGUGUGACGCAAAUACCUGCCCCACUUAUUGAAGAGCUUCUACAUAAGCAUAGCUCCAUGACACGUGCAACAAGAACGCUGAGCUGGACCCUACGUUUUAUAAAAAAUGCGCGUGACAAAAACGGCGCCAUUCGACUCACGUACUUAUCGUCAACUGAAUUAAGGUCGACAUUACACAUGAUAAUCAAGACAGUACAACAUAACUCUUUUGCAGAAGAAAUUUCGCAACUACAAAAACAUAACCGGGUCAGUUCAAGCAGCAAAAUUAUUAAUUUGAAUCCAAUAAUUGAUCGAGACACUAUACUACGAGUUGGCGGGCGACUAGGUCGAGCCGACUUGAGUCACACUCAAAAACACCCCAUCAUCCUACCGAAGAAACACAAGCUGACCGAAUUAUUAAUUGAACAGGCGCACGCUGCUACUCUCCACGGAGGCGCUCGAUUAACCCUGCAGUAUCUACGAACCAAAUAUUGGAUCAUUGGAGGCAUGUCAACGGUCAAGCAAUGCAUUACAAGGUGUGUCAAAUGUCACCGCCACAAUAAGCAGAACAGCUACCAAUUGAUGGCCGACUUGCCCGAACAGCGGGUGAAUCCCUCCCGCCCCUUUACUCAUACGGGGGUGGACUUUACCGGACAAGUGGAUGUCAAGGCCAACAAGGGUCGUGGAAUUAAGACGAUGAAAGCCUACAUCGCUGUUUUCAUUUGCCUAUGCACCAAGGCCGUUCACCUCGAGUUGGUAUCUGAUUUAACUGCAGCCGCUUUCAUCGCUGCCUUAAAACGUCUUUGUGGCCGAAGAGGAACACCCAGGCACAUGUAUAGCGACAACGGCACAAACUUUGUUAGCGCUGCCAAGAUAUUAACGAAAGAAAGAGAGGAGGCCCUGCGACUAUAUGUAAACGACGAGUUCCUGAACUUUGCUGCUGAAUCUAACAUCGAAUGGCAUUUCAAUGCUCCAUCGUGGCCUACUGCAGGCGGCCUCUGGGAAGCUGCGGUCAAGAGUUUAAAACACCAUCUUAGACGCGUGCUGGGGGAACAACGACUAACAUUUGAAGAAUUCUCGACGUUGCUGGUACAGAUCGAGGCUUGCCUGAACUCGAGACCACUAGUGGCUAUUACUGAGGACCCAGAGGAUUUAGAUUGUCUCACUCCUGGGCACUUCCUGGUCGGCGGGCCUCUGUUAGGACCACCAUUACGCACCGACGACAACAAUAUGAGCUUAACUAUACGAUGGCGCCAAACAGAAAAAAUGUUAAGCGAUUUCUGGAAGCGGUGGUCAACAACUUAUCUACAAACCUUACAAACACGAAGUAAAUGGUUCUACCCUACUCCGAAUUUGCAAAUUGGCGACCUAGUUCUAUUGAGAGAUGAUCACAUUCCCCCAGCGAGAUGGCUAAUGGGAAGGGUAACAGACACCCAUGCAGGAGCGGACGGACGAGUGCGCGUGGUCACACUAAAAACAAAAACCUCAGAUAACGUGAAACGCCCCAUUACGAAGCUCUCACGCUUACCAAUAAGUCACGCUCCGGACGAGGCUGAUAAUUCACGUGCAAAACCUAAGAACACGGGAACGCAUCAACGACCCAGAAAACGAAACAUCCUUAGUUACUUGUGUGUUACACAACAAUAUUAUUCACUACAAUGUGCAUAA